CUCAAUCAUAUCACCAACCUACAAAGUAACAGAAGUCAAGUAAAUAUGUCUAGUACUGAAGAUAUGUCAAAAGCUCUCAAAGGCACUACUCCUACUUUUAGCGACAUGCCAUCUACCAUCGUUCGAGCUACCAUCGUCCAGGCCUCCACCGUCUACAAUGAUACUCCCAAAACUAUAGAAAAGGCGGGGGAGUUUAUUGCACAGGCGGCCAGUGAUGGAGCGCAGCUGGUGCUGUUCCCCGAGGGGUAUAUCGGUGGCUAUCCUCGUGGAUAUAGGUUUGGCAUAGCGGUUGGUGUUCAUAACGAAGAUGGUGGUGACUCUUUCCGCAAAUAUCAUGCUUCUGCCAUCGCGGUUCCCGGCCCUGAGGUAGACAAGCUGGCGGAGAUGGCAAGGAAACACAAAGUGUACCUGGUGAUGGGAGCGAUAGAGAAGGAUGGGUAUACACUCUACUGCACAGCCCUUUUCUUCAGUUCCGAAGGUCGCUUCUUGGGCAAGCACCGUAAAGUCAUGCCCACAUCUCUGGAACGUUGCAUAUGGGGUUGCGGGGAUGGAUCAACCAUCCCUGUCUACGACACCCCCCUUGGCAAACUCGGUGCUGCUAUUUGCUGGGAAAAUAGGAUGCCUCUCUUCAGAACUGCCUUGUACGGGAAAGGAAUUGAAUUAUACUGUGCACCUACUGCUGACGGUACCAAGAAUUGGCAAUCGUCGAUGAUGCACAUUGCCAUAGAGGGUGGAUGUUUCGUAUUGUCGGCUUGCCAGUUCUCUGUGCGUAAAGAUUUCCCUGACCAUGCUGAUUACUUGUUCACCGACCCAAGCUCCGGCAUGUACGACGGUGAACACCAAGACACUAUUGUCUCCCAGGGCGGUAGUGUCAUUAUUUCACCAUUGGGAAAGAUACUCGCCGGACCAAACUUUGAAUCAGAGGGUCUCAUCACUGCUGAUCUUGAUCUUGGUGAUAUCGCACGUGCCAAGUUAUACUUCGAUGUGGUCGGACAUUACUCAAGGCCAGAGAUAUUUAACUUGACAGUAAAUGAGAACCAAAAAAAACCGGUUACAUACGUGUCCAAGUCAGUGAAAGCGGCGGAUGACGCAGAGCCCCAAGACAACUAAUCAAAGAUAUAAAGGUUGUUAAUGUCAGUUCAAGUAAAUCUGCUUGAGAAACUAUGUUAAGUUUGUUUAUCCUUAUGUUCAAUAAUUUAAGAGAUCCAGCUGGAUAAGGUUUGAUAUAUGGUCUCUGAUAAACCCAAUAAUAGGGUUCUCUUCUCUUGUAUUUUGGAUCUUGUGCAAUUUAUUUUAAGUUGAAAUAUUGACAACA